UGCGGCUGCCCUCCGCUCCAGGGUGGUGGCAGAGCAGCGGCCGGUACCGAACUGUUGUCAGAACUCGGUCUCUGAGGCCUUUGGUCUUUGUUGAAGCCUCGCAGCACGUCCUGGUGAAGGUUUUAUGGAGCAGGACACGUAAUGGGGUUGUGGAUGUCGCUAACAGCUAAGCAAAAAAAAAUAGGAAAAAAAGCAGAUGUGGGACACAUGCAACAUGCAUGGCACAAAUACACCACGGAAUUUUUCUUCUGAAGCGAGAUUUCGUUUAUGUCUUUGUAUUGCUUGGAAGGAAGAAAUGGUAAUCAAGCAGUAGGGCAAAGUAGCAUCAGAGAUGUUGCUCAUCUAGCCGCUCUGUUCCUGUACCUGUUACCUAAGUUACUUUCUAGUCUUUUGCUCCCGUUCAAUCCCUUCUAGGUCAGACAUUCAAAGUGACAUCACAGGAAGCUACGAAGUUGAGUCUGGCAUUCUCAAGGCCUCCACUGACUUCUGCAGAGGAUUCCCAGAAGCUGUGUGAAGAUGUCCAAAAUGCCAUUCUUGCAGUUGCCACAGUGUACUACUGGCUCCCCAAGGGCCAAGGUACUACUCUUCGGAAGAUGGUACGAGAUGCUACCACUGAAGUUGUGGAAGGAAUGAUCCAACUCACAGAAACAAUUCUCAGUGCUCCAUUGGAAAGCUUGUCUCAGGAGCAGCUUAUAUCAACUGGUGGUGUGUGGGAGGCGUGUGAACAAGUAUCCAGCCUACCACGAGAUAACCAGGCAGCAGUUGCGUCAUCCCUGGCUGCAUGUCUAGGUGUGGUCAAAGAUGCUCUGGAGGAGAUGGAACAUGCUCUGGUGGAAGGACAAGACCCCUACAGUGACAUCAUGGAAGAUGAAGAGCUGGGCUUUCGGGGCAACAGAGAUACAUAUUGGUCAGAAGCUGACCGGAAGCUGCUUAGCUCCUGCAUGGGGUUAAUGAAGGCUUCGAAAGCUUGCCUGAAGAAGGCCUUGGGUGUCGUGAAAGCUUAUGGCAAAGCUGAUUCUCCAGAGCAAAUCGCUCAGCUGGAUGAUCUUGCAGAUAUUGCUAAUGAGAUCAGUCCAAGUGUUGAUGAGCUGGCACUGAGCAUGUAUCCACCUGUGAACCAGCUGGCCGUGCGCCUCAAUGCUGCUAAAUUGGCCUCGGUAUUAAAGAAAGUCUUAGAGAUUACAAAGACAAGCCAUGUAUGUCCACCAUCAGAGGAAGGCUGGGUGCAGUUUCUCACUGGUGCAGUAGAUCACAACAUGAACAAAAUCAAGAACUUCACACAGGGUCAACUUUAGCUCUUCCAUGUCUACUUGUGUUGCUGUCACUGGCUCUGGCAUAUGCUUUUCUAGUUAAUCUCACUGUUCUCCAGCUACUGGGAGAAUGAUGAGAACAGUGUUUUUAGGAGAGAACUUUACUGCCACUUGAUAAAACUUUCCCAGGAAGUCACUCUUUGCCAUUGCAGAAGGUGUAAUUUUGCUUGGAUUCCUGGGAUGGUGGUGGUGCUACAUCUGAAUGCUGUGAAUGUGCCCCGUUUUACAGAAAUUACAACUACUAUGGGGUUCAAAGAACAAUAAAAUAUUGCUAGAUUUGCA